CUCAAUCUCUCUCCAUUUCCAAACACUCCUCUCCGUUCUCUCCCGCUUCCGUAUCUCAAAUGCUGUGCAAGGCCAUCUGAGAGCGACGGAGGGAGAGAAACCACCUCGCCUUCCCUCUGGCUGGCCCCUAAGGAUUCUAUUGUCGCCGCCAUUUCAGUUUCAUUCUCCCAAGCAACUGCAUUCUCAUACUCUUCUCUAUAUAUAAUAAUCCUUUUGGGGCCUUGAAGUGGAGAUAGACGGAGAGAGAAGGGUCACAAUGCCUUCCUUCGGGCCUUUCGAUUUGUUUCUCUUCUCUCUCAGCAGAGCCUUGUGCAGUCCAGCCGCUGUUUUCAUUCAGAUCCAGGGAUGUGUAAUUUGCUUAGCCCUUGCCAUUGGGUGGGCUGGUGCUUCGUAUGUCAGGAACAGAGAGAUUAAAAAAAUGAAGGAUGGUAUGCGGAAGAAGAACAGUUUUGCUUUCCUUUACCAUGACAUAAAUCAACUUGAGCACUCCAAUCAAGUCAAUCUGCCAAGGGUGACAGUGAUUAUGCCCCUUAAAGGGUUUGGUGAACACAAUUUACAUAAUUGGAGAAGCCAGAUCACAUCUCUUUAUGGUGGACCUGUAGAAUUUCUUUUUGUGGUAGAAAGUACAGAGGAUCCUGCUUAUCAUGCUGUAUCGCGACUAAUAUCAGAAUUUGAGGAUCACGUUGAUGCUAAGAUUGUUGUAGCUGGUUUGUCAACAACAUGUACUCAGAAAAUUCACAAUCAAUUGGUUGGAGUGGAGACAAUGCAUAAAGACAGCAAGUAUGUGUUGUUUCUGGAUGAUGAUGUUAGGCUACAUCCUGGGUCUAUAGGAGCGCUUACUUAUGAGAUGGAAAAGAACCCAGAGAUAUUUAUUCAAACAGGAUACCCUCUUGACCUGCCAUCUGGAAGCCUGGGAAGUUACUGCAUCUAUGAAUACCAUAUGCCUUGUUCGAUGGGCUUUGCCACUGGUGGAAAAACUUUCUUUCUAUGGGGAGGGUGCAUGAUGAUGCAUGCUGAUGACUUUAGACAAGACAGAUAUGGUGUGGUUUCAGGACUUAGAGAUGGUGGAUAUUCUGAUGAUAUGACUCUUGCAGCUAUAGCUGGGGCUCACAAAAGUCUCAUUACGUCUCCUCCAGUUGCUGUCUUUCCACAUCCCCUUGCAAGUGAUCUUAAUUUUGGAAGGUACUGGAAUUAUUUGAGGAAACAGACUUUUGUUUUGGAGUCAUACACAACAAAAGUGAACUGGAUGAUGAACCGUGCACUAUUUACAUCCCACUGCUAUCUGUCAUGGGGAUUUGUAGCACCAUAUUUUAUGGCAACAAUUCAUGUUGCGGCAGCGCUUAGAUCUCAUGUUAAAGGAUACUCACUUGAAGAAUUGACUCACACUACUGUUGGGUUACCACUGGUGAGCUUACUAGCCAUAUGCACUAUAAUUGAACUUCUUUCAAUGUGGAACUUGACGAGGAUCGAAGUUCAAUUGUGCAACAUGUUGUCUCCGGAGGCACCCCAACUUUCGCUUGCUUCCUAUAACUGGUUUCUUGUGUUCAUUGCAAUGCUGGUGGAUAAUUUUCUAUACCCUAUCUCUGCAAUUCGUUCUCAUUUUUCUCAGUCUAUCAAUUGGUCUGGCAUUCGGUAUUAUUUGAAAGAUGGAAAAAUAAGCAAGAUUGAACGAACUGAAAGAAGCAAGGAUAUGGAUCCGGUAUUCACAGACUUGGGAGGAAAACAUUUAUACGGCAGGAAGGGAUUACCAGCCAGAGAGUCAUUCCUCAAUUCUUUGUCCCGAAGUUUGGCGCAAUGGCGUCAGCCAAAAAAGUUUGAUAACUAGGAAAUGCUUCAUUUUGUGUCUCUCCACCAUUUUAGGUUUUGUGGGCAGCAUGAGCUUAGGAAGUAUACGGGUACUGGGUUGACCAAUUGGUCAUAUUUAUUGUCUCAUGCAUUCAUGAUUUAUUCAUUGAUUUUGAAGGGUGUUAGGAAAUCCUAGGUCCAUUCAGUCCAUCAUUCUUCAACUUCAUCCCCUUCCUAUUUAGGGUUCAUCUUGUAGUUGUAAUGAUUCAGUUCUCAGUUUAUACACAACUUUGACCUUGUGCUAAUAUCCCAAGCUCUUGAAAAAUUACUUAUAAAAACCUUUCGUUCUGGCU